CUAAAAUUAUAAAUAUUAUGUAAUGUAUAUUUUACCACAAUGAAAAAAAAAUUUCAAUGGUAAACUACUUCUAGGUGAUUAGAACAGCAAAAAACUGUUGUAGAAGUGAGUUGAUGAAUUUAGACUGGAGAACAAGAUGGUUGGAGUUGAAGAGAUGAGGGAAGGACGAAGCCAGGAGGUGAAUGGGUCAUCCUGCGGGAACCCUGUGUCCUGACUUUUAUCUAUCCUUAGGAGGCAGUGCCUGUGCCAUUAGCAGGCCCAAUGCAUUGAAUACAUGGAGGAUGCAAACCAAACUGGGAUGAUUCACUUCCACUUCCGCCCCUUCUCCAAACUCCCUGACGUGCAGAUGCUGAUCUUCGUGACCUUCCUGAUUAUGUACCUGGUCAGCAUCAGCGGCAACGUCUCCAUUUCUCUCAUCAUCUGGAUCAACCAUUCUCUCCACACCCCCAUGUACUUCUUCCUGGCCAACUUGGCAGCUCUGGAGGUCUGCUACUCUUCCACCAUUGCCCCUCUGACUCUGGCCAGCAUCCUGUCCCCAGAGAGAACCCUCAUCUCCCUGCCUGGCUGUGGCACCCAGAUGUUCUUCUUCAUCUUCCUGGGUAGCGCUGACUGCAUUCUGCUGGCCAUCAUGGCCUAUGACCGGUUUGUGGCCAUCUGUCACCCUUUGCAUUACACUCUCAUGAUGAGCUGGCGGUUGUGUGUUCAGCUGUCCCUGGGAUCUCUGAUGCUUGGGUUCAUCUUGGCCAUGCAGCUGACUGUGCUCAUCUUCCAACUCCCCUUCUGUAGCAGCAAAGAAGUCAGCCUGUUCUAUUGUGAUGUCCUCCCUGUCAUGAGACUGGCCUGUGCAGAUACUCAUGUCCAUGAGGCCACUCUGUUUGUGGUCAGUGUCACUGUCCUCACCAUCCCCUUCCUGCUGAUCACUCUGUCCUAUGCCUUCAUUGUGUCUGCCAUCCUGAAGAUCCGCCCUGCAGAGGGGAGGCAAAAGGCCUUCUCCACCUGCUCCUCCCACCUGACUGUGGUCGUGCUCCAGUAUGGAUGUGGAAGCCUCAUCUACCUGUGCCCCAGCUCCAGCUACUCUCCGGAGAGGGGCCGGGUAGUGUCUGUGGUUUACACAUUCAUCACCCCUGUGCUGAACCCCUUGAUCUAUAGCAUGAGGAACAGAGAGCUUCAGGAUGCUUUGAAGAGAGCAAUGAUGAGUUUCCUCUUGUCCUAA